CUUUGGGCAAAUUACUCCAUCUCACUGCACCUUCUUUUCAAGGUUAAAGACUAAAUGAGAUAACAAGAAGGAGGUGUGGAUUUGCAAGGCUACCAGCUGGAUAUGCAAAUACUACCUGACGGCCCAAAGAGUGAUGCGGACUUUUCAGAGAUUCUUAAUGCAAUACAAGAAAUGGCCAAGGAUGUCAAUAUUCUUUUUGAUGAAUUAGAAGCCGUCAAUAGUCCUUGCAAAGAUGAUGAUUCUCUCCUUCACCCUGGAAACCUGACCAGUACUUCAGAUGACGCCAGCAGAUUGGAAGCUGGGGGAGAGACAGUACCAGAAAGAAACAAAUCAAAUGGACUUUACUUUAGAGACGGAAAGUGUCGAAUUGACUACAUUCUUGUGUACAGAAAAUCCAGUCCCCAGACCGAAAAGAGAGAAGUAUUUGAAAGAAAUAUUAGAGCAGAAGGAUUACAAAUGGAGAAAGAGUCCUCUCUAAUAAAUAGUGACAUUAUCUUUGUGAAGUUGCAUGCCCCAUGGGAAGUCCUUGGAAGAUAUGCAGAGCAAAUGAAUGUAAGAAUGCCUUUCAGGAGAAAAAUCUAUUACCUGCCCCGUCGGUACAAGUUCAUGAGCAGGAUCGAUAAACAGAUAAGCAGCUUUCGGAGAUGGUUACCCAAGAAGCCCAUGAGGCUGGACAAGGAGACAUUGCCAGACCUGGAGGAGAAUGACUGCUACACUGCCCCUUUCAGCCAGCAAAGGAUCCAUCACUUCAUCAUACACAACAAAGAGACUUUCUUCAACAAUGCCACGAGAAGUAGAAUUGUGCAUCACAUUUUACAAAGAAUAAAGUAUGAAGAAGGAAAAAACAAAAUUGGUCUGAAUCGUUUGCUUACCAAUGGCUCCUAUGAAGCUGCAUUUCCCCUGCACGAGGGAAGUUACAGAAGUAAAAACUCCAUUCGAACCCAUGGAGCAGAAAACCACCGACAUCUACUCUAUGAAUGCUGGGCCUCCUGGGGCGUGUGGUAUAAAUAUCAGCCUUUGGAUCUUGUAAGGAGGUACUUUGGAGAGAAGAUCGGGCUGUAUUUUGCCUGGCUGGGCUGGUACACCGGCAUGCUCUUCCCAGCUGCCUUCAUUGGAUUGUUUGUCUUCUUGUACGGAGUCACCACUCUGGAUCACUGCCAAGUCAGUAAAGAAGUCUGCCAAGCUACAGAUAUCAUCAUGUGUCCUGUGUGUGAUAAAUACUGUCCAUUCAUGAGGCUGUCAGACAGCUGUGUUUAUGCCAAGGUAACCCACCUUUUUGACAAUGGAGCCACUGUCUUCUUUGCUGUUUUCAUGGCAGUCUGGGCGACAGUUUUCCUGGAGUUUUGGAAAAGACGGCGAGCGGUAAUUGCUUAUGACUGGGAUUUGAUUGACUGGGAAGAAGAGGAGGAAGAAAUACGACCUCAGUUUGAAGCCAAGUAUUCCAAGAAAGAGCGGAUGAAUCCCAUUUCGGGAAAGCCAGAACCUUAUCAAGCAUUUGCAGAUAAAUGCAGCAGACUUAUCGUUUCUGCAUCUGGAAUAUUUUUUAUGCUCUAUGAAAAAGUUGCACUGCUUCUGACUAAUUUAGAACAGCCUCGCACAGAGUCCGAGUGGGAGAACAGCUUCACCCUGAAAAUGUUUCUUUUUCAGUUUGUCAAUCUGAACAGCUCCACAUUUUACAUCGCGUUCUUCCUGGGAAGAUUUACAGGACACCCAGGUGCCUACUUGAGGCUGAUAAACAGGUGGAGACUAGAAGAGUGCCACCCUAGUGGAUGCCUUAUUGAUCUCUGUAUGCAAAUGGGUAUUAUAAUGGUGCUAAAGCAGACCUGGAAUAAUUUCAUGGAACUUGGCUACCCGUUAAUUCAGAAUUGGUGGACUAGAAGAAAAGUACGACAAGAACAUGGGCCUGAAAGAAAAAUAAGUUUCCCACAAUGGGAAAAGGACUACAACCUUCAGCCAAUGAAUGCCUACGGACUCUUUGAUGAAUACUUAGAAAUGAUUCUUCAGUUUGGAUUCACAACUAUCUUUGUGGCAGCUUUUCCCCUAGCACCACUUCUGGCCUUACUGAAUAACAUCAUUGAAAUUCGACUUGACGCUUACAAAUUUGUCACGCAGUGGAGGAGACCUUUAGCUUCAAGGGCCAAAGACAUAGGAAUUUGGUAUGGAAUUCUUGAAGGCAUUGGAAUUCUCUCUGUUAUUACAAAUGCAUUUGUCAUAGCGAUAACAUCUGACUUUAUCCCUCGCUUGGUGUAUGCUUAUAAAUAUGGACCUUGUGCAGGCCAAGGAGAAGCUGGGCAAAAGUGCAUGGUUGGCUAUGUGAAUGCCAGCUUGUCUGUGUUUAGAAUUUCUGACUUUGAGAACCGAUCUGAGCCUGAGUCUGAUGGCAGUGAGUUCUCGGGAACUCCUCUCAAGUACUGCAGAUACCGGGACUACCGGGAACCUCCACACUCAGUGGUGCCCUAUGGCUACACACUGCAGUUCUGGCACGUCCUAGCAGCUCGGCUGGCUUUUAUCAUCGUGUUUGAGCACCUCGUGUUUUGUAUAAAGCACCUCAUUUCAUAUCUGAUCCCAGACCUCCCAAAAGAUCUAAGGGAUCGAAUGCGAAGAGAGAAGUACUUGAUUCAGGAGAUGAUGUAUGAAGCAGAACUGGAGCGUCUCCAGAAGGAACGAAAGGAGAGGAAGAAAAAUGGAAAAGCACACCACAACGAGUGGCCGUGACAGGUGAUAGUUCAUUUCCAGGCCAAGGACCUGAAUUCUGUUUACUUCUCCCAGCUGUGCAAAAGCACAUUCAAGUGAAUGACUAAAAAUGCGACCGAAGAGCAUGUUGCAGACACCGCAGCUGCAGGCGGGUCAGCACCCUGUAGAGGACUGCCGGUGGAGGCACGCUGCUGCGAAGUCACACUGCAGUCCAGCACACAAUUGCUAUCUAUCCAUAGACCAUUCUUGACCAAGCAAGCAUGCACGUAUGGGCAGUUACAUUCUCAAGUUUUUAAAACCAAGGGGAACUUCGAUACUGGGCCUGUUUUUCAGCCUGUUUGCUACCUUUUUUGCAUUCUACCCCAUGUGAAUUUUACAGACACCUAAAAAGUGUAUUCAGACACCUGGACACACACUCCUAGAAUGUCAUC